GCACACUAAAACCCGUUUAAAAUUUCUAACAGAGAUAAUUGCACUGUGUAAUCCAACUGAGUAUAACUUUCGACCUAUCCUGGAAAUUAUGAGGGCGUCCCCCAAGAAUCAUGUAUACCAGGAAGGUGGAUGGGGCUGGAUCGUUGUAUUUGCGGCCUGUUUAUCAGAAUUUGUCGUCGCUGGAAGCUUGAAGGCUUUCGGUGUUCUCAUCACGGGCAUGAAGGAUGACUUCGAUACGGGACUGUGGAUCAUCGGCUCUAUUAAUUCCCUACACCUGGGAGUGCAGUUCAUUCUGACACCCGUGGCCUCGGUUGUAGCUCGGAAAGUCGGAGGGCGCCCUGUCAUCUCCUUUGGCGGUUUUCUCUUUGGACUUGGCGUGGUUCUGUCGGCUUUAACGCAUAAUAUCGCCUUCUUAGCUGUAACUAUCAUAGCAAUUGCAGGUUCGGGUGCAGGAUGCAUUUUGGAGAUAGUGCGUGCAGAGUUUGCCCUGUACUUCCACGAGAAGUACGACUUGGCCAUCUUCGUGUCUCUCCUCGGGGCUCCAAUUGGCUUUUUGCUGUAUGGACCAGCCACACAGAUCCUUUUGGACACCUACGGCUGGCGAGGUGCAAUGGUUAUACUUGGUGGCUUUGGUUUCCAUCUUAUCUGCGCUGGUAUGUUGGUGAGAAGACCUACGGGAAUAUACAAAGCUAUCCCUAUUCAAGACCUAUCAACUGAGGACCAAACCACUGAUCAAAACGAGUACCAGACCUGGGAGCAAAGCGAAGAUCAGAUGUCGAAGCAUUGCGAGCACCAGAUUUCGAAGCAAGGUGAGGACCAGAUCUUGAAGCAAAGCCAGGACCAGAUCUCAAACCACAGCGAGGACCAGCUCUCGAAGAAAAGCGAAGACCAGACCUCAGAGCAAAGCGAGGACCAGCUCUCGAAGCGAAGCGCUCAAGGUCCUGAUCCUGUGAAGUGGCGUGAUUCUGUCGUCUCAGCCCUCGGUCUUGAGAUAUUCAUAAAUUUUGACUUUGUGCUGCUGGCAGCCAUCAGAAUGUUCUACAGCAUUUCAUUUGGCGGGAUCUUGGUGUAUAUGGUACCCAACGGUCUGUCUGCAGGGCUUACGAACGGUCAGGCGUCUUUCCUAAGUACGGCCUUUGGCCUUGGUAGCAUGGCAGGGCCUGCUUUAGCGUUUUUUGUGUUGAAAAGAAAGUUGGCAUCGUGUCAAGUGACUGCGAUCAUCGCAGCUGCUGUUAGUGCUGUGGGACUUGCAUUGGAUCCUUUCAUCCCUUCCUUCGCUGGGCAGAUGGUCAAUACGUUCUUCGUAGCAGCUGGUAUAGCCGCUGUUAUUCAGGUGGUAUGUGUGCUGACGAGAUAUCUGCCUUUCACAGUCGAUAAGUUCGUCAUCGUCUUGGGUUGGUUGGGCUUCCUGGGUGGCUUGGCCACUUCCGUGGGUGACACUCUGGCAGGCUUGCUUUAUGACGUCACAGAGAGCUUCUACGGGACCUUUUUCUUGUAUAGCGCCGCUAUGGUAGCCACUGGAUUACUUUUUCUGUUGGACCUUUGCCGCGCUCGUUACCGCGAGUGGUCAAAGGAAAGUCGUGCAUUAUAG